ACUGGUGGUCCGGGGAGAGGUUUUAGGGUAGUUCAUGGUCAUGGAACUGCCCCUCAGACUGGUGGUCCGGGGAGAGGUUUUAGGGUAGUUCAUGGUCAUGGAACUGCCCCUCAGCCAAUGGUAGCGCAUGCUAUAGCACGGCCUUCCUCAUAUGGAGCAAUGCCUACGCCUGGAAAGUUUGUUGGAGGUCCUCGAGUAAUUGAGGGUCACGGAGGUGCUGUCAAGGCAAGACCACCCGGAACACAAUUCGGAGGCCCAGAACCACAACAGGUAACUUGCAUUCCUAGGAAUCACAAUCCACUUACGUUCUUUCUGUUCACUAAGUUCACCAGUUGCAGAUACGUGUCGAGCCUUCACCCUGGCCUAUUUCUGAGCUAG